AUGAAGGCGGCGAUGUUGAGAUCCGUGCUCAGAAGAAGCUCCACCGCUUCAUCGUCAUCAUCAUCUUACAUACUUCGCCGUGGAUACGCAUCGGAGUCCCAUCCCGAAAGGAAGGUCGCCGUUUUGGGUGCUGCCGGAGGGAUCGGACAGCCACUGGCUCUACUCAUGAAGCUCAACCCUUUGGUUUCUAAGCUUUCCCUCUAUGAUAUCGCCGGCACACCCGGUGUUGCUGCAGAUGUCAGCCACAUCAACACUAGAUCUGAGGUAGCUGGGUACAUGGGCGAAGACCAGCUCGGGCAAGCUCUAGAGGGAUGUGAUGUUGUCAUCAUUCCAGCUGGUGUGCCAAGAAAGCCUGGUAUGACCCGUGAUGAUCUCUUCAACAUCAAUGCUGGCAUUGUGAAGUCCCUUUGCACCGCAAUUGCCAAGUAUUGCCCUAAUGCACUUGUUAACAUGAUUAGCAACCCCGUGAACUCCACCGUCCCCAUUGCUGCUGAGAUCUUCAAGAAAGCAGGGACAUAUGAUGAGAAGAAACUGUUUGGUGUAACCACUCUUGAUGUGGUUAGAGCUAAGACUUUCUAUGCUGGAAAGGCGAAGGUCAAUGUUGCGGGGGUCAAUGUUCCUGUUGUUGGUGGACAUGCUGGCAUCACUAUUCUUCCAUUGUUUUCACAAGCCACACCAAAAGCCAAUUUGCCGGAUGAAGACAUUAAGGCUCUGACCAAACGGACACAAGAUGGUGGUACGGAAGUAGUGGAAGCGAAGGCUGGAAAGGGUUCAGCCACACUAUCAAUGGCCUAUGCUGGGGCCAUAUUUGCUGAUGCUUGCUUGAAAGGACUUAAUGGUGUUCCAGAUGUUGUAGAAUGUUCAUUUGUGCAGUCAAGUAUCACUGAACUACCUUUCUUUGCAUCUAAGGUGAAGCUGGGGAAGAAUGGUGUGGAGGAAGUCUUUGGGUUGGGCCCGCUUUCAGAUUUUGAAAAAGAAGGAUUGGAAGCUCUCAAGCCCGAGCUGAAAUCCUCUAUUGAGAAGGGACUCAAGUUUGCAAACCAAUGUUAA